AAAGGAAAAAAUUUCAUCUUCCCCUUUUUUCCAGUUUUUUGAAAUUUUCGCGCGGACAAAGGGAUGAGUUGCUUUACCGCGUUUCCUUCGUCCCUUCCCUCCACGUCGAUGUCUCGUCGGCAACGCCCGCCGAUCCCAAUCUUCGUCUCCGCAAAUUUCUCGAGAUCUCAGGGUGAGAAUGGCUUCGGGAUCGGCUUCAGAAACUGCUCAGUUGUCUUCUUCUCCUUCUUCUCUACAUCCUCUUCCGGAGAAACGAAUUGUCCUAGGUUGUGGCGCCGUUUCUGUGGAUUUCUUGGCGGUCGUGAAGCAAUUCCCUCAACCAGAUGAUAAAAUCCGGAGCGUGAGUGCCAAGGUUGAGGGAGGUGGAAAUGCCGGGAACGCGCUGACGUGCACAGCCCGUUUGGGGCUGAGGCCGAGGCUUAUAACAAAGGUUGCUAAUGAUGGCCAAGGAAAGAGCAUUCUAGACGAAUUAGAAUCGGAUGGAGUUGACACGAAAUACAUUGUGGUCUCUAAGGAUGGGAAUUCUCCAUUUACCUAUGUAAUUGUUGAUCCUCAAACAAAAACUCGCACUUGCAUUCACACGCCUGGGGACCCACCUAUGGUUCCUGACGAUCUUUCACCUUCAAGCUUAUCCUCUGCAUUGAGUGGUACAAGCCUUGUAUAUUUUGAUGGAAGGCUGCAUGAAACGGCAUUGGUUAUUGCAAAAGAAGCUUCUAAUUUGGGUAUACCCAUAUUGGUUGAUGCUGAAAGGAAAAGAGAAGGACUGGAUGACCUCCUUAAUCUAGCAGAUUAUGUUGUAUGCUCAGCUAAAUUUCCUCAGGCAUGGACAGGGGCUCCUACAGUUCCAUCUGCCUUGAUUGCUAUGCUUUCAAAGCUACCACAGGCUAAAUUUGUGAUUGUAACUCUCGGAGAAUCAGGAUCUGUAAUGUUAGAAAGAAGCUUACAUGAUGGCCCUGGCAUGGGCAAUAUGGACGUAGACAGCCUUUUUGAUUCAUUAAAGCAGAACAUUGAUGAUAGCAUUAUCCCAAAGUGUUUCCCAUCCAAGGUCGUGAUGCUCAGAGCAGACGGGAUUGGCCAGGUAACUGGGAGGAUAAUUAUAGGCACUGCAGAAAAAAUUCCACCUUCUGAACUCAUUGACACAACAGGAGCUGGGGAUGCAUUUAUUGGAGCUGUUAUAUACGGCGUCUGUGCAGGCAUGAUGCCUGAGAAAAUGUUGCCUUUUGCUGCUCAAGUGGCUGCUGCCAACUGUCGUGCUUUGGGUGCUCGAAGUGGUUUACCUCUGCAUAGCGAUGCACGAUUGGCACAAUUGUUAUAGGCCAAGCGGAGUUGUUGCAUGACCAAAACGCGUUGCAACCACCAGCUCUUAUUUCAGUAAUCUCUUCCAUAACUUCCUCCUGCUGGUGAUAUUACGCAUUACAGUUUUGGUGACGCCGAGUCCAAAGUUCAGAAGCAGGACCCUUAUCCUACAUCUGCUGUACUCGUGUUUGAGGACAGUAAGCUACUAGUUCAUACUUCGGGACCCUCUCGUAUCACAUGUUUAUAAAAAUUAUCCUCAUACGAUUACUAGCUUAAUCAUCUUCCUGCUUAAUGCUUAAUAGUUAAACGUGGCUUAAUUUCCGAACUGUAAAUGUAGGUUUUUAGCUGUCUUCAGCAAGGGAAGACAACAUGACAAUGUAAUGGAGAGUGCAAAUCAUUAUCUGAGAGUGAAAUCGGAGUGUCAAAAUUUGAAUC